AUGAAUUUUCAAGAACAGUUAAAUGAUAUAAAAUCAAAAUCAGUCAACUUUCCUCCAUCCAACAUUUUGUUAUCCCAAAAAAUCUAUUCCGACCUUGUGCUUGCUAAAAAGUGGAAAAAUGUUGAAUACAAACCAGUAAAUGGAUUGGAAAUUUGCGUAUUUUUAGCAAAUGAACCCGAGCUUUCCACACCAUCCAUCCAUAAAUUGAUCAUUCUGCCUAUAUUUCAGGAUACAGAACAACUGUCGUUAAAGCGCAUUUCAAACAUAUUCGAAGUGUUAUCUACAAGUCAAGUUAUUGAUACUCCAAUUGAGUAA